CCGCGCCGCUCCGCGCCCCCGCGCCCACAGCCCCGGCGGCGGCAAGACAAGCGGCCGCCCGGCGAGCGCGCCGCCCUGCUCGGCCCUCCUGUCCGGCUCCGCCGCCGCCUCUUUCCGACACCCGCAGCCACAGCCGCCCGCCCGUCCCCCCGCACCAUGUCGGUGGCCGGGCUCAAGAAGCAAUUCCACAAAGCCACUCAGAAAGUGAGUGAGAAGGUCGGAGGAGCUGAAGGAACCAAGCUAGAUGAUGACUUCAAAGAAAUGGAGCGGAAGGUGGAUGUCACCAGCAGGGCUGUGAUGGAAAUAAUGACCAAAACAAUUGAAUACCUUCAACCCAAUCCAGCUUCCAGAGCUAAACUCAGCAUGAUCAACACCAUGUCAAAAAUCCGCGGCCAGGAGAAGGGUCCAGGCUAUCCGCAGGCAGAGGCGCUGCUAGCAGAAGCCAUGCUCAAGUUCGGGAGAGAGCUGGGAGACGAUUGCAACUUUGGCCCAGCACUUGGUGAGGUGGGGGAGGCCAUGAGGGAGCUCUCAGAAGUGAAGGACUCUCUGGACAUGGAGGUGAAGCAGAACUUCAUCGACCCCCUUCAGAACCUUCAUGACAAAGAUCUGAGAGAAAUUCAGCAUCAUCUAAAGAAGUUGGAGGGUCGACGCCUGGACUUUGAUUAUAAGAAGAAACGACAAGGCAAGAUUCCAGAUGAAGAACUCCGUCAGGCUCUGGAGAAAUUCGAUGAAUCUAAAGAAAUUGCUGAGUCCAGCAUGUUCAAUCUCUUGGAGAUGGAUAUCGAACAGGUGAGCCAGCUGUCUGCGCUCGUCCAAGCCCAGCUGGAGUAUCACAAGCAGGCCGUCCAGAUCCUGCAGCAAGUCACCGUCAGACUGGAAGAAAGAAUAAGACAAGCUUCAUCUCAGCCUAGAAGGGAAUAUCAGCCCAAGCCACGAAUGAGCCUGGAGUUUACAACAGGAGACAGUACUCAGCCCAACGGGGGCCUGUCCCACACGGGUACACCCAAACCUGCAGGUGCCCCAAUGGAUCAGCCUUGCUGCCGAGCUCUGUACGACUUUGAACCUGAAAAUGAAGGGGAGUUGGGUUUUAAAGAGGGUGAUAUCAUCACACUCACUAACCAAAUUGAUGAGAACUGGUAUGAGGGGAUGCUUCAUGGCCAGUCAGGCUUCUUCCCCAUCAACUAUGUGGAGAUUCUGGUUGCCCUGCCUCAUUAGGAUGUUAGGCUGGCAGGCUUACCUCCUCUUGACCCAGAUAGCUAAGUUUAACCACUGCUUUGGUAAUGCUGCUUACAACACAUCCCAAAUGCAGGCCGCAGUGGUCCAGGUCAUCAAGCCCCACCGAGUAUCUUUGGUUGACUUGUGUGAUCCCACAAGAGUCAUGGUGAUGGGUGGUAUCUUCUGAGGCUGGCAGGCAUGGCAUGUGCUUUUUAAACACCAUCUGAGACCAGCCAGUAGUCAUGGAACUGCUGUUUACAUGGUUCUCAGGAGGCUGUGGCUUCUUAGAAUAUGACCAUGAGCCACAAUACAGUAAAACCAUCCUACAGAAGAUAUUGUCUAUCACCCAGGGGCCAUCUCGAGGUCUCAGGUUCUCCGUUUCGAUAGGAGAAAGGUCUUGCUUUCCCAUUGUCCCCUCCCAAAUAUGUGAGUCACCGAAUUGUGGAAGAAAGCCUCCCUCACCAGCAACUUGUCUUCUGGUCUGAAUGAGUCAGUCCCUUGAUGCUAUUGGUAGGAAAGUGUUGAAUGUGAGUUAAAAACUUUUUCUGAAAACAGUCAGUUUUGUUCCUCCCAAUUAUGCCUGUUUCUGAGGGACAGCCAGUUUUCUUCCCUCCCUGCUAGUAAAGGCAGAGGGGACUCCCGCUGUAUUUCUAAGCAAGACAGUUAGCAGUCAGUACCUGGUAGGUGGGGCUGA